AAUUUUUCAUCUUGACAUGCGGGCCUCCAUGUGAAGGACAAAACUCUGAACGCAGUUAAAGGUUAUCUGCUUAACUUAAGUCGUACAAGAACGUACGUACAUUGUGUAUUCCGAGAACCAACAGUCGUCAACUUACCUUCAAAGAAUUUCGGGGUUUUUAAUGUUGACGAAUUGCAUCCGUCAUCUAGUUAGACAUCGCAUACAACUUCAAAAUUAUUCUAGGGCCAUGUCCAAUCUAACGCUGUGCUCAGUGAUUGACGAGCUUAAUCGACUAGCCCCCUUGUCGUUAGCGGAACCAUGGGAUAAUGUUGGUCUUUUAGUUGAGCCUUCCAGUUCGAAAAUUGUUAAGAAGAUAUUACUCACCAAUGACUUGACACCUAGUGUAAUGCAAGAAGCUGAGGAUUCUUCAGUUGACCUGAUCUACUCUUAUCAUCCUCCUAUCUUCGCACCUUUAAAGCGCAUCUCAGCCGCAAACUGGAAAGAGAAUAUUAUAGCUAAAUGCUUGGAGAAUAAAAUAGCGGUUUUCUCUCCUCAUACUGCAUUAGACGCUCUAAAAGGUGGUGUCAACGACUGGUUGGCUGAAGCGUUUGGUUCCCAUGUUGCUUCGUGUGAACCGUUAACAACAUCGUACGCUGCGUUUCCUCGUCGAAACUGCACGCACAUGGUAGAAAUUCCCGUGCCUUUCAACCCAGAAGGAAAAAAAUUGGUUCGAUCAAUCCUGGAGUUGGUUGCGUCCGUUCCGGAAGCUCGUCUGGAAGAACACAUUUCUACUGCGGAUGGGUAUGAGCAAAUGACAAUCAUGGCCCCGGAAAAAGCCUUGCCAUCCCUCAUCGAGUUGGUUAACCAUUGCUCAUUUGCAAACGCAUCUCGCUAUGUUCGUAUCAUCCGGGUUGAGAAGCCUCCAAUUCCUGGUCAUGGAAUGGGGCGACUGAUUCGCCUGAAAGAGCCAGUGACAAUCAGCCAUGCCAUAGAAUUGGUAAAGAGCCAUCUGAAGCUGGAGCAUGUACGUCUAGCAAUCGCACAUAAUGCAAAGGAUGUGAACACGAUCGCGUUAUGUGCUGGUUCAGGUGCUUCAGUAUUAAAGAACGUCAAAGCAGACGUUUUCUUAACUGGAGAGAUGUCUCAUCACGAAGUACUCGAUGCCGUCCAGCGCGGAACCAGCGUCAUUUUAUGUGAGCACUCAAACACCGAGCGUGGAUUUCUUACUAAGUGGAAAGACGUUCUUACAUCAGCGCUUGGAGAAAGUAUCCAGAUAAUCGUAUCGGUUAAUGAUCACGAUCCACUACACGUUGUUUAAUGGCACCUUGAAGUAGCCUAAAGUUUCAAUUUCAAAGAUUCUUCAUGGGUCCUUCUCUUGGGUACAACAUAAAACAGUUGAGAUGAUCUUGGCAUCAUACUUCCAAUAAAGAAAGUGCAUAAUGAG